GGUUAUAGGUGUUGUACACAGAGAGAGGAAAGCUCAGUCAGCUCCGGCCAGUCUCCGACGUCUGACCUGCUCUCUGCUCUGCUCUGCUCUCCUUUGGCUAUUUUUCUGGCUCGAUCCUUUCGGUUGUUUUCUUGGCCGAUCCAUCCACGCCUUGCGGACGUGGGCGACCGAAUGUAACGGCCACAUUCAAAUUGAUUCAAUCCCAACAUUCAUCUCAAAAGAGAAACAGAAAGCCGCUGAUGCGUCGUCGUGUGCCCGCUGUUUGUGUGUGAAAACCCUUUCCAACAGAAGAUAAUCAUCAUCAUUAUUAUUAUUAUUGUCAUAAUCAUUAUCACUGGCUCAAGUCUGUUUGUGCCGGCAGCAACGAAGAGACUCCUUUGGUGGGCGGCAAUGGAUCAGACACAGUGAAAGUUGAUGAUUGACCGAGCGGUGGUGAUUGGGGCACCGCAACGCAUUUGACAGACUUGAUUUUUCUCUCUCUUUUCUCUCUCUCACGAGAAGGCCGUUUCUGUUUUUCUUUUCUUUUUUUCCAGCUGGAAAAUUGAAAAGUCUGGCCGCCGUGUGCGUGGGAAAUCGAGCGAAACUAGUCGAUAGAUUGAUGGAGAAGAGAUCGAAAGAUUGAUCUACAACUCGGCGAUCCAACUCGUGUGCGCUGUGUGGCAGUGCUUAGAGUGAGCGAGAACUGUAGAUGCAACCUUAUAUAGACCUUUUAUACUAUCGAGUCUCAUUGGUUCUACCAACAGCGUGUGGGCAUCAAAGGCCAAAACAAACCAAACACACACAACUCAUUCCCAUCGUUCAAGUGUUUUUUAAUCGGUUUCUAAUGAUUGCCACAUUGUCAUUGUCGUCGUCCGCUUUUGGCGAGUCCUAAACGACCGGCUUUUUACAAUCGUUUGAAUUUGGCGCUCACCAAUCAAAUCGUCGAAUUUCUUCAUCAACCGUUUGAUUCUUCGUCUUCUGCACAAUAAAAGGAGAACCGCCGGUUUUUCUUUUGACACAAGAGGCCACAGCCAAGUCUACCGCCCAACUUGACUUUUGGGUCCCUUCAUUCCGUCUGGGAGGUCAUGCGUGGUGAGUGGUGGUGAUGGCCGCCGAAUGGAAACUUUGGAUGAUGACGACGACCGUCUUACCCCUGCCACUCGUCUCUUCCUCCUCGUCAGCGUCGCAUCCGCCGACGCCGCCACUCCUGUUGCCUUCCACUUAUCCACCUGAUGAUUACCUCCUCUCGGCCAGCUACAACAACAGCAACAACCACACGACUUGGUCCUAUUACGGCGGUGGCGUCAAUUCGUCGUCGUCGUGGCUGGCGACGGCCACGACCUUGUUGAUGUCGACGACGACGACAAGUGGCGUCGAUUCGAUGGAGUCGUCGUCCUCGGAGGAGGAAGAUGAGCGGUUCCCGGCCUACGUGAGUUUGCUGAUGAUGUUGUCGUGCGGUUUGAUCCUGGUGGUGGGCCUGGUGGGCAACUGCCUCGUGCCCGUCGUCAUCUGGAACAACCGCGACCUGCGCAACUCGACCAACCUCUUCCUGCUCAACCUGAGCCUGGCCGACAUCCUCGUCCUCUGCGUCAGCAUGCCCACCGUCCUCGUCGAGAUCUACGAGCGACGCGACACCUGGAUCUUUGGCAAAGUCAUGUGUAAAUUGGUGCCGUUCGUGGAAUUGACGGUGGCCCACGCCUCGGUGUUGACUAUCUUGGCCAUCUCCUUCGAGCGCUACUACGUCAUCACCCGUCCGCUGAGGGCCGGCUACACUUGCACCCGCAUGAGAGCCCUUUUCAUCAUCCUGGCCAUUUGGGUCCUCGGAUGCAUCACCUCCAGUCCCAUGUUGUUCCUGGCCAACUAUUUGGAAGCCGACGAGAACACGGCAGGAUCGUCUGCCGGCUGCGUGACGCAGGCCAACACGUUCUGGUCGGUUUUCUACUACAUCGCCGCCAUUUGCCUCUUCUUCUUGUUGCCCUUGAUCGUCCUCGUCCUCAUCUACUCCGUCAUCGCCCGUCACUUGGUCGCCGAUCCCUGCACCGCCUCCAAUCAUCGCAUCCAGGUGCAAACGUCGGCGUCGGUGGCGGCCGGAACGGAUCACGUCAACCCCAACUUGCGGGCCCGUCGCCAGGUGGUGUCGAUGCUGGGCACGGUGGUCGUCUUCUUCUUCAUCUGCCUCUUGCCCUUCAAGAUCUUCACGUUGUGGUUCAUCCUGACGUCGGACGAGGACAUCCAGAUGAUGGGACCCGAGACGUACUACCACGUGCUCAACUUUUGUCGAGUCAUGUUCUACCUCAAUUCCGCCAUCAAUCCCAUCCUCUACAACGUCAUGUCAUCCAAAUUCCGGACGGCCUUCCUCAAAGCCCUUGGCUUCACGUGGGCCGGCCGGCGCAAGCGGCUCCUGCGCCACCUCAGCCGCCAGAGCACCUUCAACACCACCACCACGUCCGGCACGGCCUCACACUCGGCCACCACCAGCAACAGUGAGCACCAGCUCAUCAAGCGGAUGACCAAGGAGGAUCUCCUGGCGGCCGCCAACAGUCCCCGACCCGUCCUGCAAAAGUACGGACGCCAGGGCAGUUGCACCGCCGCCAACCGGGCGUCCAGCAAACCUCUGCUGACGGCCACUCUCUCGACCACGUCCCACACCAGCGUCGUCAAUCCGACCGAAUCCUCGUCGUCUGCACACCACACAGACAGUCACGUCUGAAACGCCAACCCAACCCCCAAACCCGUGAAUCAAUCCGAGGAAACGAACAAAAAACAAACCCAACUGAUGGAUCUCAUCUUUUUUUUGAAAAAAAGGCAAUUUCGCGCCACCAACCAAGUAAAAAGCAAAUCACUGACACAAAUCUCCGUGCACAAUUUUUCCGACAUUCUGAUUCUUCAUUUCGAAAUUUUCACCUUUCUUCUUCUUCUUUUCGGCUGCAAAUUGAAUUCGAAAUGCCGGGGCGUCGUCGUCCGUAUGUCCUUGUGUACCUCAUCCAUUAAUCCUUCUACCCUCAUCAGGACAUUGCGACUCUCGUGACUUGACUAUCAUCAUAUCUCCUUGUCUCUUUGUAUGUUUAUCUAAUCCGAUAUGAUGCCGUUUAUUUUUCCAAACUCUUUUCUUCAUUUUCUUCAUAUUUUUUGGACUGGAUUAAUUGGUUGGAUUCAACGGUCAAGUCAAUCAAUCCAGGCUGGUGUUUGUUAUUUUUGGUUUUCAGUUUCGUCGUCGCAAACAAAACAAACUAUUACGGUAUGCAUUCUUCAACGUCAUAUAACAUUACCUUAUCCUCUUAUCUGCAUCCCAUUCAUUGACAAACAUUUAUAUACAAACGAUCAUCGUAAUGGCCAGUAACUUGUCUGAAUUUCAAAAGAGACAAAUGACUGAACAGUGCGUUGAAACUGUGAUGACGCCUGAGAACAAAACAAAAAUUGGACGCGUUAAAUGAUACACCGUAAUACGAUGCUAUAGAAAUCUCUAUUUAACACUUUUAUUUAUCCCCCUUUCACGAUUACGUGUCUUAUUACGUCAUUUCCCGAAUUUGUUAAUCAAUUGUUUCAACCUCUUCUCCUCCGCUCGUUCGUUCAAUGUUUCAACACCUUAUACAAUCAAAUAUAUAUGAAUUCCGAUCGCG